AUGGAAACUGCUGAGUUCUACUAUGUUUAUUACCUGGCUCAGGACUAUCUACAGUAUGUGCUCCAGGAAUCACACCUGGGACCAGCCCAGACCAGGGUUGCUCAUGUCCUGAGAACCAUGGCAUCCUCUCUGCAAGAACAAACCGAGGAGGCUCUCAGGCCGCUCCUGGACAGGAUUGACAUCACCUCUGUAGCUGUUGCCAAGAGAAUUUUCAAUGGAGUCAUGGAGGAAAAGUUUGCUGAUGGAAAUACCAACUGGGGGCGAAUUAUGACCAUAUUUACAUUUGGAGGUGUCCUGACCAAGAAGCUUCAAGAGCAUGGGGUUCAGCUGACUGCGGAGGAGAAGGAGCAGAUCUCUUAUUUCAUCACAGAGUACAUCAUAAACAACAAAGCUGAAUGGAUUGAUGCGAAUGGUGGCUGGGAAAAUGGCUUCCUAACGAAGUUUGAAAGAAGAUCACUACUGUCCUUCUCCAAAAUCACAGCCCUGCUCAUAGCUCUUGUUUCCUUGUUCAGAGAGUACUACUGAAGUAAAAGCAUCUGCCGUUCAUUGUAAUCUAGAUAUUGCCACAAACUUCACUUCUCAGCCUUCCUCCAAGCAAUAUCAACAAGAGAAUAAUUUCCUUCCAUAAUUUGUUUUUAAUUUAUUUGUAUUUAUUUUGACUAACUACAAUGCUUAACAUCCUAU